AUGCCGCCCAAGUUCCCGCGUCCCGACGAUCCUGUCCUCAGGAAGUACCUGGAUACGAAAAAUAUAGACAAUGUGAUUUUCGACCUCUAUAAGCAGGUCUGCAAAGACCGCCCCGACGACGUUCUAAGCUAUUUGAUCCACAAAUUCGCAUCGUACUCUCCUCUCGCCGCUGCCGUGCUGCAGAAUCCAGAUUCCUACAUGGGCUCCAAAGCAAAGGUCACACGAUUUGAGCAGCCGCUUCCUCCCCCAAUGGAAGUUCCCAGCGAUGAGACCCCAAUCAAAAAAAUCACUCCAAGCGUACCCUUCAAGCCUGUUGUUAUGGAACCCACCGGGAGCGCUAAUUCAGCUAGUAUAGAAAACUUCCAGUUAAUAAACACCACCGACGGCCCUUCUGUUUCUUCCGCUGAUCACAAUUUUUCUAUUGCCCCUGAUUAUAAUCUGCAUCUGGCCACCCCAAGCGAACAGGGCCGUGGUUCUCCUUCGAAUCUAACAGCCCGUCAGAGGCGUGGGCGCCGCGCAGCCAUUGCAGCUCCAGCAGAAAACCGCGAAAUAGACCUGCCGGUUUUGGAGAAAACCCCCGAGGAGACUGCUCUUAUUCUCAAGGCCUUGAAUAGCAGCGCCCUGACAGAAACCUAUAGCAGAGAUGUUAAGCAGGCUCUUGCAAGCGUUCUGAAGCUCAUAGAUUGCCCCAUGGGGACGGUGCUGAUAAAGCAGGGAGACCCUGGAGACUACUUCUACAUCAUGAAAACGGGGCACUGUAACAUUUACAAGACCGAGAAUGUUCCGCCGGAGACGGUCUCCGUCCCAGACAACACUCUAGACCCCGCUGAGUGCGUCCAGAAGCUUGGCCCACAAGUCAAUGAGGUUCUGCCGGGGGUGGGCGUCGGAGACCUUGCGCUGCUCUAUGGUGCACCUAGGGCUGCGACCGUCAUCACGACUGUCGAAUCCUCAUUCUGGGCCAUCCACGGCACAGACUUCAGGAUUUUCAUCCGCAUGCAGCGCGAAGCUGAGAUACAACGUUAUAUCGGAUUUCUCAGACACGUUGAGGUCCUGAAGCAGCUACGAGAGAACGAGCUAUUCGCCUUAGCACAGGCCUGCACCCCAGAGUACUAUAUAGAUGGUCAAGACAUUGUCACCCAAGGAGAUGAGGGCAACACGUUUUACUUCAUUGAGGACGGCAGAGUUGACGUUAUCGUUUCUGACCAUAAAGUCGCAGAGUUGAGUUCUAAUAGUUACUUCGGUGAGGCUGCACUACUAAACAAUGCACCCAGAAAUGCGACCUGCCGCAGCGUGGGAGAAACAAAGGUUGCCGCCCUUGACCGCGAAAGCUUUGACAACCUUCUAGGUCCUCUCAAGUCCAUUCUUGAGCGGCCUAAAGCGUGA